GUACGAGUACCCACACCUACUGCUACUGCAGAAUAUAGAGAGUCAGGAGUAUUACCUUCUUAGUGGGAAAUAUAGGUCGUGGGAGAAGCCCAGGGAAGUACUGAAAAGAAAGCUACAGAAAUAUGUGAAUCAAAUUAGGGACAUGCAUUUCUCAACUAGCCAUUUGAACUCGGAACAGAAGGAAAUCGAAGAUCCCAUCGAAAUCGGAGAGUUCCUAGGUGAAUGGUGGAAAACCCAAUUUAACUCCGUCUACCUUCCGUACUUACCUGCUCAUAUAACGAGACCGAAGGAGUACAUACGAUUAUAUCAAGUCACCCUAACUUCUAGGAGUAUUUUUCAUUUGCCCCCAGGGUUUACUCUCAAGGCGUUGCCCCUCUUCGACCUGGGCAACUGCGGAGUGGCCAUCGGCGGCCUCACCAGCGUCCUCUCCCGCUUUAAGCUCCACUGCAUGGUGCCGCUGGAGGAGGGCCAGGACGAAUA